CAGCGCAGACUGUGGGGAGGAGGGUGCAGCUGCCGGCCGGGCGUGAACCUCAAUCCAAGGAGAGGCAAACUUCUCGGCCCGGGGCAUCGGGGGGCUGCACCGAAAAGUGAGAAGGGGGCCGGGGGGUACUGACUUCCCAAAUACCGCCGUCACCCCCCCCUCUGUGUGAGGGGGGUCCCCGGGGAAUAGGACAUCAGGGAACACCCCUUUGUGGGUCAGGACAAGAUGGGCGGUACGAAGAGCAAGCCGCGGGAAGCCGGCCAGCGGAGUCGCAGUCUGGAUAUCGCCGAGGGGUCCCACACACCGUUCCCUUCGCUAUCUGCUUCUCAGACCCCCAGCAAAAGCCUAGACGCGCAUCGACCUGCCAAUCAGCCGUUCGGGGGCAACUGCGACCUCACGCCGUUCGGAGGGGUAAACUUUUCAGACACCAUCACCUCUCCUCAGAGGACCGGAGCACUGGCAGGGGGAGUCACCACCUUCGUCGCUCUUUAUGAUUAUGAGUCUCGCACAGAAACAGACUUAUCAUUCAAAAAGGGAGACCGGCUGCAAAUCGUCAACAACACGAGGCCGGAUAUCAGGGAAGGUGACUGGUGGUUGGCGCGAUCACUCACCUCCGGGCAGACCGGGUACAUUCCAAGCAACUACGUGGCUCCUUCUGACUCCAUUCAGGCUGAAGAGUGGUAUUUUGGGAAGAUCACACGCAGGGAGUCCGAGCGAUUGUUACUGAACCAGGAGAACCCUCGAGGGACUUUCCUAGUGAGAGAGAGCGAGACCACCAAAGGUGCUUAUUGCCUGUCUGUAUCAGACUACGAUCCCAACCGCGGACUGAACGUCAAGCAUUAUAAGAUCCGCAAAUUGGACAGCGGCGGAUUCUACAUCACAUCUCGGACUCAGUUCAGCAAUCUCCAGCAGCUGGUGGCCUAUUACAGCAAACAUGCAGAUGGCUUGUGUCACCGGCUGACCACUGUGUGUCCCACGUCCAAGCCACAGACUCAAGGUUUGGCAAAGGAUGCCUGGGAAAUUCCUAGAGACUCUCUACGUCUGGAGCUUAAGCUGGGACAGGGCUGCUUUGGAGAAGUGUGGAUGGGUACAUGGAAUGGCACUACACGGGUGGCUAUUAAAACCCUAAAACCAGGCACUAUGUCCCCGGAGGCCUUUUUGCAGGAGGCACAGGUCAUGAAGAAACUCCGACAUGAGAAACUUGUCCAGCUGUAUGCAGUGGUGUCCGAAGAGCCUAUCUAUAUUGUGACAGAGUAUAUGAAUAGAGGCAGUCUUUUGGACGUUCUUAAAAGCGAUAUGGGCGGCUACCUCCGACUUCCACAGCUUGUAGACAUGUCUGCACAGAUUUCCUCUGGAAUGGCAUAUGUAGAGCGGAUGAACUACGUGCAUCGUGAUCUCCGAGCCGCCAACAUCCUCGUAGGCGAGAACCUGGUAUGUAAGGUAGCCGACUUUGGACUGGCUCGUCUGAUAGAAGAUAAUGAAUACACAGCAAGACAAGGUGCCAAGUUUCCUAUUAAGUGGACUGCUCCUGAAGCUGCCCUGUAUGGACGAUUCACUAUUAAAUCUGACGUCUGGUCAUUUGGAAUUCUUCUAACAGAGCUGACCACUAAAGGAAGAGUGCCAUAUCCUGGGAUGGUGAACAGAGAGGUUCUGGACCAAGUGGAGCGUGGUUAUCGAAUGCCCUGCCCUCCAGACUGCCCCGAAUCCCUCCAUGAUCUGAUGUUGCAGUGUUGGAGGAAAGACCCCGAGGAGCGGCCAACAUUUGAAUACUUACAGGCGUUCUUAGAAGACUAUUUCACUGCCACCGAGCCUCAGUACCAACCUGGGGACAACCUCUAGGGAAGACAAUCAGAGCUCACACAGUGAUCUCUGGCUAACUGUUGGUUGAACAGCCCUUGAGAUUUCAGACACGGAUGCAAUACUCUCCAGAUCCUCUGCAGGCUUUCAGCUCUUAUUGAGCUCCAAGCUGAAGUGGGAAUGUUGGUCCAACCUGGUGGUAAUACAAAAAAAAAAGAACCUUUCUCCUUCAGUGAUGUUUUGCCUCCAUGAUUCCUCUGCAGAGAUGACGCCUGACAUCCAUUGCAUUCUGGUCCCGGAUCGAGUUCUGCUGCUCCUGAAAAAUGUCGCC